GCAGUCUGCAGCAGAGGGUUGGAGGGUGUGAGCGAUCAGGUGGAGACAGAGGGACGACUUGCAAGCUGCUGCGCCUCUCUUCCGCGCCGCUGAGUUCCCCCCAGUAGUUUCCCACGGUGUUGCUGUGGCUGCUGUUCACGCGUCAGGAUGAGUUUGUAUGGGUCUCAGAGGGCCCUGGAUAGGACUGGCUCCAGAGGAGACCUAACUGGAGGGAUGACCCAGCAAUACGCGAGGAGCGAGGUGAUACGCGGAAGCGGUAAUGGAUACGAGCCCUACCUGGAAGGAUACAACUCCUACACCUUCUCAAAGUCCUCCAUGGGCGGUAUGGGAGGCGGAAUGAUGGGCGGCGGCGGCGGCGGCGGCGGAGCCGGUGGAAUGGUGAUGAGCAGCAGUGGCGGCGGCGGCGGAAUGAUGAUGGGCGGCGGCGGAGGUAGCGGGAUGAUGAUGGGAGGCGGCGGAGGUAGCGGGAUGAUGAUGGGAGGCGGCGGCGGCGGAGGUGGCGGAAUGCUUAUGAGCGGCGGCGGCGGAGGAGGUGGAGGAAUGAUGAUGAGCAGCGGCGGCGGCGGUGGUGGAAUGAUAUCAAGUCAAAUGAGUUCCUCCAACCUCGGUUCCAUCCACCAAAGAGCUAUGAUCCUGCAGGGCCAGUGCCAGGACUACCUGAAGAGAGCUGAUCACGCCCUCCAGGGCGGUAACUCGGGUGAAGCAGAGCGCUACAUGGUGAUGGCUAAAGAGACCAUUGAGCAGCUGAAGAGCUGCGCGAUGGACCUGAGACAAAUGGGCCAACCCAACGAGACCGUAAUCAGGACUGUGGAAUUCUGUAGAGACCAGCUGAAGGGAGUCCACAUGGCCAUCUCAGGCACUCUGACGAGGAGGAGGAGCACCAGAGGGAGCUCUGGAGGCUGGGAGGAGCCUCCGAGGAGCUUCCAGGACGCCAUGGGUUGGAUUGGACAACAAAAGCGUCUGAUUGAAACUGCUUCCUGGGGGGACGAUCCUGCAGCCAUCGAUCAGCAGUUGAUCAGCCACCAGAGGUUUCACAGCUCCAUCCAGAGGAGCUCCGAGAUGGACAGGGCCAGAGACGAGCUGAGGAAGAAAGGAGACAAAGGGAAUCUUCACGCUCUGGAACAGGAAUGGGACAGUUUACAGAAACUGUCAUUUGGUCGGACCCAGCAGCUGCAGGACCUGCAGAAGAUCAUCCAGGAAAUGUCCAGAGAGAUCAUGUGGGUGAACGACACAGAGGAAGAGGAGCUGGUGUUCGACUGGGGAGACAAAAACAUUGACCAGUACAUCCCAAAGAAACAGGAGAGCUACUCGAAACUGAUGAGCAACCUGGAGGAGAAAGAGAAGGACCUGAACAAACUGAAGGGCAAAGUGGACACCCUCCUGAAGAACAACCAUCCAGCUGCAGACAAGAUCGAGGCCUAUAAGGACACUCUGCAGACUCAGUGGAGUUGGCUCCUUCAAAUUACCAAAUGCAUCGACACUCAUCUGAAGGAGAACUCAGCUUACAGCCAGUUCUUCAAAGAGGCCAAUGAGACGUACAGCGCCCUGCAGAAGGAGCACGAGACGGUCCGUAAGAACUUCGUCUGUGACAAGAACACAUCUCUGGAGGACCUGCUGGGGCUCCUCCGUGGACUGGAGAGGGAGAAGGAGAAGAUCAUGGAAAACAAGAGGCAGGUUCAACAUCUGGUCAACAGGUCAAAGAACAUCGUGAGGCUGAAACCCAGAAACCCUGAAGAGAAGAGCAGCAGCCCGGUCAUGGUGAAGGCGCUGUGUGAUUUCAAACAAGACCAGAAAAUAAUCUGCAAGAACGAUGAGGCGAUCCUGAGGGACAACAGUCAGCGCAGUAAGUGGAACGUCACCGGCCCCGGAGGACUGGAAAUGGACAUUCCCUCCGUGUGCCUGAUCGUACCACCUCCAAAUCCAAUCAGCGUCAGUCUGGCCAACAAGAACGAGCAGUACUACGAAGCCAUCCUGUCGAUCUGGAACCAGCUCUACAUCAACGUCAAGAGUCUGGUCGCCUGGCAGUACUGUGUCCUAGAUAUCAAACACAUCAAUUCCCUUACCAUCUCCAUGCUGGCCAAGAUGCGUCCUGAGGAGUACCGCCAAAUCAUCAAGAAUCUGGAGACUCACUUUGAUGAGUUCAAAGUGAGUUGUGUGGGCUCCCAGAUGUUUGCAGACGAGGACAAGAGGACCAUCGAGAGCCAGUUCAGCGGAGCGCAGGACCACUAUGAGACGCUGGUGGUGCAGCUGCCUACAUACAUUGUACAGGGGGAGAUAGAAGUGCAACAGGCGGCCGAGCUGCAGCACCAACAGGGGCUAAUUUUACUACAACAGCAGCAACAAGCAGCUGCCGAAGCGGAGGCCAGGAGGUUGGAGGAGGAGGCCAGGAGGCUGGAGGAAGAAAGACGGAGAGCAGAGCUGAGAAGACAGGAAGAGAAGAGAGCAGAGGCGGCGAGGAGGGAGGCAGCAAAGAAAGAGGCGUGCAGGAGAGAUCAAGAAAUUAAGAAGGAAACAUUGAAACUGUCAAAGGCAGAGUCAGCAAGGAAGAAGGCGGCGGUGUCCUCAUCCCACAGCUUAACUGAGCUGCACGCGCUCAGACUGAGGCUGGAUGGCGCUGAGGAUACUCUGGGUCAGCACAUUCAUAUCUGCCUCGGAGAUGACGGGGUGCACGACUGUGGCCUCAAGAUCUCUCAGUUAGAGAUUGUGCAGGGAGAUGUGGACUCCAUGCGUGCAGAGUUCUUACGCCUAAGGGAUCGUAUCAUGAAGGAGCUAGAGGGCAUGUGUGAUUCAGAUAAAGCCCAGUUCCUCCGCAGUGAGGUUGGAAUCAUCAACCAAAGACUGGGGAGUCUGGAGAGCAGCUCAUCAGCUUAUCUGCAGCGGCUGCGGGCUCUUAGGGACAUGCUGGAGAGUGUGGCUCGAGCUGAAGACAUUGUGAAAGUUUAUGAGGCAAGACUGACAGAGAAAGAGACCACCUCCCUAACUCCUGGUGAAGUGGAGGAGUAUGUUUUGGCUCUGAAGAAAAUGAAAUUAGACCUGGAUCAGAAGAAAGAUGUUCUAGCCUCCAUGGAGUCAGAGCUGGCCAAGGCUAGCCACUGGAAUGGCCAGGUGAGCGCACCCUACCACAGGUGUGACAUGAUGCUCUCCAAAUACACGGAGCAGGUGAACCUGCUGUCCGACCGCUGGAGACGAAUCCUGGGACAGAUUGACACCAGAGUCCAAGAUUUGCAGACGUAUCAGCCCCAGCUGCAGAACUACAAGCAAACCAGCACCUCCCUGAGUGACUGGAUCGAUGCCACGAGAAGGAAACAAGAUAUCCUACAGUCAACGAAGAUAGAAAGCAUUCAGGCCCUGCAGGACCAAAUAAACAACACAAAGGCCCUGAACGGAGAAAUCAAAACAAAGAGGGGGACAGUGGACAGUGUGCUGAAGGACAAUGACGCCUGUGUGAUUUCUAUUAAGGACUAUGAAACAGACCUGAACUCCUACACCUCUGGUUUGGAGACUCUGCUCAACAUCCCGAUCAAGAGGACAAUGCUGAAGUCUCCAUCCAUGGAUCUGAAUCUGGAGGCUACACAACUCCAAACUCGUUACAUGGAGCUGCUGACUCAGUCUGGUGACUACUACAAAUUCCUGGGAGAGCUGCUCAAAAACAUGGAGGAGCUCAAGAUUCGUAACACCAGGAUCGACCUGUUGGAAGAAGAGCUUCGCCAGUUGAGAGACGACAUCCAAGAUCGAAACGCCAAGAACAAAUCUUUGGAAGACUCUGUUUCUCGCAUUCAGCUGGAGCUGUCCAAUUCUAAAGACCAGCUGCUGUCGAUGGAGGUGGUGAAGCAAAGCACAGCGCUUCAGGUCAAUGCCACCAAGGAGAGCCUGGACAGUACCCAGGGCAGGCUGGCAGACCUCAAUGAACAGGUGGCACGUCUCACAUACCUGCUGGAGGAAGAAAAGAGGAAGAAGAGGCUGGCAGAGGAGCGCUACACCCAGCAGCAAGAGGAGUACGAAUCUGUACUGAGGAGGAGGCAGAAAGAGCUGGAGACGGUUAGCUGGUCCAAGGUGGAGUUAGAGAAGAGUGUUGCAAGUAAGGAGCAGGAGAUUGAUCAGCUGCGGCGGCAGCUGGCUGAUGAGGCAGCGAGGGUGAAGGAGCUGCAGAAGGAGAUUUCAAAGGUAAGGAGCCAAUGCAGUUCGGAGAUCAAUAACUUAAAACUCAGCUUCGACUCCCAAAUCCAAGUUAGCCGCACAGACGUGCAGAGGCUGUCAUCCAGGAGGGAGGAGGACUCGGCUGAGCUCCGGCUACAGUACGACCGGGUUGUUGCAGAGAGAAUGGAUCUGGAGGAUGAGCUCAUGAGGCUCAGGUUGUCCAUGGUCCAGGUUGAAGAACAAAGGAAGAGGGCAGAGGAAGAAGCCGCAAGUCAGCGUACUGUCAUUACCGAGGAAGGACGCAGGAGGAGAGAGCUGGAGAGUAAGGUGGAGGGGCUGAUCAGGCAGAGAGGCGAGGACAGCGGCCAGUUUGAGAGUGAGCUGGCUGAUGUAAUGAAACGCCUGGAAGAUAAGAGUGAGGAGUUAGUUUAUGUCACACACAGUCUAGAGGAAGAGACCCGCAGGAGGAAGACUAUUGAGGAGGGGCAGGGUGUUCUUGAACAGUCCUUGUCCCAGAUGCAGUCAAAGCUAAGCAGUGCGUCAAUGACGAUGACCCAGCUUCGGGAGUGCAAGGACGAGCUUGAGAAGUUGCGUUUGGAGUUAGAGAGGGAGAGCAGAGAGAAGAGUAGAGUAGAACAGAACAUGAGCAGGUUACAGGGGCGCAUGAAGGAGCUUCAGGCUGUGAGGGAUGGGCUUGAGAGCCAAGUGGAGAACCUGAGGGAGGCUAACAAAGAGGAGUUGGCCAGAAGAAAGCAGCUAGAAACAGAGAUGGAGAAGGCCACCACAACAAUAACAGAGUACAACCGCACCAUUACCACACUACGUCAGACCCAGGAAAGCGCCGGCAUGUCAGAGAGGAAAGCCGAAGGAGAUCGUCUUAGGUUGCAGGGGGACCUGGAGGAGAGCUUGAGACAGAACAAGAUCUCUGCUGAGCGCAUGACACAGCUUAGUGCAGAGCUGAAGGCCCUGCAGCAACAACUCCUCCAGGAGCAGGCCAGAGUCAAAGAGGCAAACCUCAAGAAUGAGAGUCUUUACAAAACGAUAGAGGAGAGGAACAAGGUGCUGAAUGAGAGCUCUGUUGAGCUCCAACGUCUGAAGGAGAUGACGGAGAGCCAGACCAAAGAGAGGCUGAGGCUGGAGGAGGAGCUAAGGACAGCUCGACAUGAAAAAGAAGAACUCUCAAGAUCCAAGCAGGGACACGCCGAAGAGCUCUCCUCCCAGAUUACUUCCCUUCAGCUGCAGCUUCAGACCAGUGAGCGCAGCAACGUAGAUUACCGCAACCUUGUCUCAGAGCUCUCCUCGGAGAGGGAGAAAAUCAAGCUGGAGGCUGAGAAAAUACAAAAGCAGGCCAACGAGAUAACAGCCACGAUGCAAUCAAUUCAAUCCAAGUACAAUGAUAUUGUGUCUGAGAGGGAUGAUCUGUUGCGGAGACUGCAAAUGUCUGAAACGGACAAAGACCGCCUCAAAAGGCUGGAGGAUGAACUUAAUCGUCUUAAACUCACCCUCGAGUCUGAGCUUCGCAAUAAGCAACGCCUGCAGGAGGAGAGUGACAGGUUGAAGAAGGAUGUAACUCACUGGAAAGACCAGUAUGAAAGCAAGCAGGACCUGAUCAAGCAGUAUGAUGCAGAUAAGGACCGUCUGGAGAGGGACAAGAAUUCACUGAAAAGUGAAAUAGAUAGGCUGAUGAGAGAGCUCAGGGAACUUGAGGAUACAUACAAAAGUAAGUUGUCAGCCAUCCAGAAAGAACUGAGAGACAUGACAGCUCUCAGACAAAACAUGGAAGCUGAGCUGAGGAAAGCAAAAGAAACCCCAGCCUUAGAUGCCUCAAGUGUGAUUUUUGAUGGAGUCCGCAAAAAGGUCACAGCAGACCAGCUGCUCGACUGUGGUGUUUUGGACAAACCAACAUUUAGCCAGCUUGCAAAGGGACAUAAGACCGUCCCUGAGGUGUCUGCUGACAAAAAGAUAAACCUGAAGGGCACAGGCCCAAUAGCUGGGGUGGUGGUUGAAGGCCAGAAAGGUUCAGGGUCUGCAAAUGGACUCCUGUUCAAGAUGACUUUCGCAGAAGCCAAGAAAGAUAAUCUUCUGCCACCAGAUAGUGUUGACCUGCUUCUGGAUGCUCAGGCUGCCACGGGUCACAUCAUCGAUCCUAGGACCAAUCAGAAGUACACAGUCGCAGAGGCGUGUGAUCAAGGCGUGGUCGAUGAAAAGGACAGAGGGAGAUUGUUAGCAGCAGAAGCAGCAGCUGUAGGAUUCAGUGGUCCUACCACAAGCAAACCCCUCUCAGCAUACGAGGCCAUGAAGACAGGACUCAUUGACAAAAACACAACUCUGCGCCUGCUACAGGCUCAGGAGUCCACGGGGGGCAUCUUAGAUCCAGCACUCAGUGUGUUCCUUCCCAAAGACAUAGCCAUUGAGCGUAACCUGAUCGAUGACAACAUUUACCGGGCUCUGAACCAAAGACCUGAGCUCUACCUGGACCCAGAAAGUGAAGAGGGUGUGACUUAUAUGUCGAUGAAGAGGAGAUGUAAGGUAGAGCUGAACACUGGCCUUCUGCUUCUUCCUGUCCCUGAGAAGAUGGAUACCUCCAAACUUGUCUUUGAAGGUGUUCGUAAACCUGUCACAGCUAAGCAGCUGGUUGAUUGUGGUGUGCUCGACAAGCCAACAUUAAAAGAUCUAGAAAAGGGGAAGAAAUCUGUCCCAGAUGUGUCUUUGGAUAAGAAGGUGUACCUAAAGGGGACUGGAUCAAUUGCUGGUGUGGCAGCUGGACCAGCAGGGAAAAUGUCUUUUACAGAGGCCAAGAAACAGAAGCUUAUGCCUGCUGAUAUUGCAGAUUUGCUUCUAGAUGCCCAGGCAGCCACAGGUCACAUCAUUGACCCAACAACCAAUGAAAAGCUUACAGUAGAUGAAGCAUGUGCCAGAGGGGUGGUGGACAGAACAGAUCUAGAUAGACUCUUAGCAGCAGAGGCUGCAGCUGUGGGCUACAGGCAUCCUGGCUCAGCCAAGCCUCUGUCAGUGUUUGAAGCGAUGAAGAAGGGAUUAGUUGAUCAGAAGACCGGGCUGCGUCUGCUGCAGGCCCAGGAGUCUGCUGGUGGCAUUCUAGAUCCAAACCUCAGUGUGUUCCUCCCUAAAGAAACAGCCAUAGGGCGCAACAUCUUGGAUGAUGACCUCUCCCGUGCUCUAAACAAAAAGCCGGAAUGUUACCUGGACCCAGACACCCAAGAUGCAACUUCCUAUGUAUCUCUAAAGAAAAAAUGCAAAGUAGAUCCAAGAACAGGGCUUUUGCUUCUUCCUGAACCUAAAAAGCCAGUCACUGUCCAGGGGCUUCGGGACCAGGUGUCCGUCAUGGAUCUAGUAGAUGCAAAUCUACUGAAACGUUCUGAUAUGGAUCAACUGAGAACGGGAAGAUUGACCAGCCAGGACAUUGAGAAGCGCCUGAGCCCCUACCUAAGAGGUUCUACCUGUAUCGCAGGAAUUUACGAGGAGGUGGAAGAGAAGGUGUUGCCCAUCUAUGAGGCCAUGAAAGAAGGGCUGUUGCGACCUGGAACCACUCUGGAACUGCUUGAAGCUCAAGCUGCCUCAGGCUUUAUUGUGGAUCCAGUGAACAACCAUUACCUGAGCGUUGAUGAUGCCUACAGUAAAAGGCUGUUUGGACCAGAGUAUAAGGACAACCUGCUGUCUGCAGAGAGGGCUGUGACUGGUUACAAACUGCCUGGCACAGAUAAGACUAUCUCCCUCUUCCAGGCCAUAGAGAGAGGCCUAGUGGAGAAAGGUCAUGGUAUUCGUCUGCUAGAGGCACAGAUUGCCAGUGGUGGUAUAAUUGACCCUGAACACAGUCAUCGUAUUGACGUGGACGUAGCCUACAAGAAGGGUUACUUUGAUGAGAAAAUGAACAGGAUCCUCAGUAAUCCCACAGCUGAAACCAAGGGCUUCUUUGACCCUAACACAGAGGAUAACCUUACCUAUAUGGAGCUUAAGAAACGCUGUAUCACAGACAAAAAAACUGGCCUCAUCCUUCUGCCCGUCACGGACAAGUCCAAACUAGAGUCGACCCUGAAGAACACACUGAGAAGAAGGAGAGUGAUCAUUGUUGACCCAGAGACAAACAGAGAGAUGACAGUACGUGAAGCAUAUGACAAAGGGCUGAUUGACUACGACACAUUCAUUGAGCUGUCUGAGCAGGAGUGUGAGUGGGAGGAGAUCACUAUUACUGCCCCGGAUGGAUCCAUAAGCUUCAAGAUUGUUGACAAGAAGACAGGAAGAGAGUAUGACAUCACUGAGAUGCUUGAAAAUGGCUUAAUCAGUCAGUCAGAUCUAGAUAAGUACAAAUCGCGAGCCAUCACCAUUACUCAGUUUGCAGAUAUCUUAACAAACCAGACCAAGCAGGGAUCAUCAUCAACUUCAAGAUCAUCAGCAGCCACAGGUAAAUCUUCAGUGACAUCUACGUCAUCAUCUUCCUCUAGAACUUCAGCUUCUCCAGCUUCAUCUUCGGUGACAUUUUCAUCGUCUUCUUCUUCUAGAACUUCGGCUGCCCCAAGUGCGUCGUCUUUGACAUCAACAUCAACAUCAUCAACUUUGAAAGCUUCAGGAACCUCAGGUCCAUCGUCUAUGACAUCAUCAUCAGUCCGGUCCAGACCCUUGUCACCAACCCUCGCCAAGAUGACCACAACAAAAACUACGACUUACACAGAGCGAAGCUCUACCACGGAGCGAAACUCUUUCUCAGAACGAAGCUCAACAGGAAGCAGUCUUUCCUCCGAUCCUGUUAGAAAUAUAUCCAGUGUAUCUAUCUCUCUGGGCUCCCCUAUUGUAACAAUAGGUGAACAGGAACCUGUAGGUGCAAUUUUUGACACAGAGACUUUAGAGAAGAUUUCCAUCACAGAGGCUUUAGAUCGUGGUCUCGUUGAUACCAUCACUGCCCAAAGACUGCUGGAGGCCCAGGCAUGCACUGGAGGUAUCGUCAACCCCGCCAAUGGCCGCAGGCUCGGCAUCCAAGAGGCUUCACGUCUGGGCAUAAUAGACGAGGACAUGGCCCCCAAGCUCAAGCCUGCCCAGAAAGCUUUCAUGGGCUUUGAGGAUUUAAAAACCAAGAGGAAGAUGUCUGCUGCUGAGGCCAUGAAGGAGAAGUGGCUGCCAUAUGAGGCAGGGCAAAGGUUCCUGGAGUUCCAGUUUAUAACAGGGGGGUUUCAGGACCCAGAAAAAGGCUGUAGAAGAACUAUUCAAGAUGCUUUGAGCAUGGGCUGGCUGGAGGAGAGAUCUGCCCAAAAACUCCAAGACCCCAAAAGUCACACAAAGAACCUGACAUGCCCCAAGACCAAACUUAAAAUCUCAUACAAGGAUGCUCUGGAUAACUGCCUGUCCGAGGAAAGCACUGGAGUUAGAAUGCUUCCCGCAUCAUCAAUGUCCUCCAGUGGGAUCAGCAGUCCUUACAACAUGUCCUCUGCACCUGGAUCCACGACUGGUUCGAGGAGUGGCUCUCGAAGAGGCUCCCGCAGGGGCAGUCUGGACUUGGGCUCCCCUGUAACAUCAAGUAGUCGCUACACCUUCACCUCUAUCAGCUCCUCUACCAAAUGAGUAUUAUCAUUUGUCAGAUAACAACAUUGAAAAAUGUGUGUUGUAUACUAACAACAGUUCAAGUAUGAUUCCCUUCAAAGAUAAUCAUUUAAACCUUUUUGCAUAGUUUUAGAUUGAAGCUUUGGUGUUGCUACGCUUUUCAAAAUGUUAUGCUGCAACGAUCACAAUUAACACUGCCAAGACUGUUUUUGUAGAAUUGGACCAAAGUAUCAACGGUGUCUUUGUUAAGGUAUUUGGAUAAAAAAUUAAGUUGUUCUUUUUAAAAACCUUAGUGCCUCUAAAAGGCAUAAAAUGCCACAUUAUUGCAUGCACUAGUAACAUAUGUCCUACCUUCUUUGAAUGUUAUUUCUGUUUAAGCUUUGCUUUGGUAUUAAAACUGUUUCAUUUAACAUCUUAUAUGCCUGCUUUGUCAGUGAGGGGAAUGCAAAGUGGGGUUACAAAUAUUGUUAUAAUUUUUUUACUGAAUCUGUCAUAAUCAAUGGUUUCUUGCUGAUAAAUGCUUCAGGUUUUGUAACAGUUUCCCAAUAUAUCCAAAUAAAAGAGUCUUUUACUCA